UUCAGUAAGGUGACCUUGACAACAUAUGCCAAGGUCAAGGUCAUUGGGGCUGGGUCCGUGUUUGUGAAGUUUUACCCUCUUUUCUUUUGGCGAUACAGCAUUUUUUUUGGUGUCUUGAUGGCAGUGCUGCUACAUUAUGAAAUAUAUUCCACACUAGUUCUAUCUACACGAGUGUCCAUGGUACAAUUACAACGUAUAGUUCCAACCAGUCGCAGAAACCCGGAAUAAAAUAUUGACAGAGUCCAUCAGUACUGCAGUUUUGAAACUGAAUAUCGUGUAACAUGUGACAGAAAUAUAAGUGCGAAAGAAAAUUUUCUGUACAGAUUUUUAUUUUACUACGCUAAAACCAACGCGCUUUCGAAAACAAAUAAUUUAAGCAAUUAUGAAAUAAUCGUUAAUUAUUUAACAAUAAUGUGUUUUGCAUUUAGCACAAUAAAAAUAUUUUAAUCUUAUACUUCUGUGAAAAGUAAUCGUGAAAUAGAUUUUCUUUUAUCCUUAGUCACUUUUAUCCUUAGUCACCUUCGAGAGAUAUAAUAUAAUUUAUUUCAUAAUGCCUAAUUUUAAGGAAGCGUUUUACUAUAUCAUGGCGGACAUACAAUUUCUCAUAAUAAUGGCUGAUUUACCAUUUUUAUCUGAAUUUCGACCUGUAAGUCGAAUUUCCCUACUGCAAAGGCCAAAUACCAAACUUUGAGGGCAGAUUUCCUUAUUCAGGGCAUUUUUACUUUAAACUCGUUGACUUUCGGGUCCUUUUAUCGCUCGAUAAGGUAUUUUGACUAAUAAGUCCGAAUUUCCUACUUAUAAGUUAUAUUGACUUCAAAGUUGAGAACGCUGGAUCGAUAUGCAUAUACUAUAUGUAUAUCGAGAAACAUUUGCGAUCCAGCGGCGCUGCGAACGUAAACAUUAACAAACAUGAGUUCACCGUGUGACGUGGUCGAGUACAGACGUGUUUUAUCCUGUACCAAGUUUUUCUCGCAAAUUCGCUGGCAAAAUGGGAGAUCAUUUCACAAUUGUUGCCAUAAUUACAAAAAAAGUACUACAACAAAAGUAAAAUAUUCGUAUGUUCCUCAUCAGUGGGUGAAAAAUGGGUUUGUAUUCUGGUCACCUAAAAAUUGUCUCACUUUGAGAAACGACCCAUCGAGUGCUCCUGAACCCGAAUGGAAAAAAUUUAAGUGCAAAAUAAAAAAAGACUUUAUUGUUGGGAAAGAAGAAGCCGAACUGUGGGAAGAGGAGUACUUGAAUGCUUCUUGUACUGAAUCUGAAGAAAACUUGUCAAUUAACCGGCAGCUUAUUUCUAUCAGAGAUACAAUCAAUUUUUAA